UCUUCUUCUUCUUCUUAAGGUAUGUAUGUAUAAACCCUAAUUCAUUCUCUCUCUGGUUUCUCCAACUUCAAUCUCCAUCUGUAUCAGGUAUUCUUCUUCAUCUUCUUCGAUCGAUGUCUAAUUACGAAGCCAAUUCAGAUAGAUCCAUAGAUUCAAAUCAAAAGAAAAGAAGGAAAAUCAACAUCGAUAAUCAAUCCAACUCUAUAACCAACUCCCAAACAAGAUGGAAAACCGAUUCCGAACUUCAGAUCUACUCCGUCAAGUUCCUCCAAGCUCUCCGUCGAAAUCCGACUUCUCCGGCGAUCCGUCGAAGCCGAACCGUCCGUGAAACCGCCGAUCGUAUCCUUGCAUCAUCCGCCAAAGGAAGAACACGAUGGAGUAGAGCGAUUCUCUCAAAUCGACUAAGCUUGAAACUGAUAAACAAACGACAUAAGAAAGUUAAACUCAGGUCGCCGAAGAAGAAGGCGGUGCCAGCGCCGGCACCGGCACCGUUGCCGCCAUUACAGAGAAAAGUAAAAGUUCUUGGACAGUUAGUUCCUGGUUGUAAUAAUCUAUCGUUACCGAAUCUUCUUGAAGAAACUAGCGAUUACAUCGCCGCUCUGGAAAUGCAAGUUCGAGCUUUGAAUACACUCGCCGGAAUCCUAACUGUCGCCGGAACUUCAACUGAUUAUUCCGAUCAGGCGUAACUUCUUUUUUUUUUUUAGAUUUUUAAUUUAUUGAAUUUUUAAAUGUAAUUUAUAUUUAUUAUUGUUGUUAUAAUACAAGAAGUCACGUCUUUUUCUUU